UAAACAUCUGUUUCUUAUAUAUUAAAAUCAUGGUUUGGUACAGUUAAAUUAUAAGUAUUAUGGGUGAUUCAGCACAGCCUGAACCACAGGAAAUGGGUCCAUCUUCAGCCUCGGUACCUAUUCCGGGUGGUCAUAGAGGAGCUAGGUCAGCCUAUGAUCAAUUCUCACCAUCGCCAUUAGCCAAUCCAGCUAUUUGGGGUAGUGGUCGUCCAGGAGAUCCACUUGAACUCCAGGAAUCCUUAGAUCCAUUACUUUCUUUUAGAAUGGAUGAUGAUGACAUAUUUCAGGUUGAUAAAGCAGACCUCAUUCAAGGUCCAACUUUAGCUGAACUUAAUGCAAAUGAAGAUACCUUACUUGGUGAUUUGAAUUUUGAUGAUCUGCUUCUUCCUGAUGAAAAUAUGCAACCAAUGCGAACAACUCCUGCAGGAACCAUUGACCUACUUCCUGCUAAUAGUUCACUUUUGACUGUAAGUUCUGGAAAUUUUGCUCCUAGCAGCUUUCCACAACAAAUGCAGGUAUAUCGAACCUGUUCUCAACUUGCUAGUACCUCUGUUUUUGGCCUUAACAGUCUCACAGGUAUCAUUGAUCCAACAGAAACUGUCAGUCAACCAGCAUUUCCAAGUCCUAAUACCAGUAAUAUAGCAGGUAGUUCUACAGCUAGCUCCUCAACUUCUCCACAUCCAGCUAUAAGACCUAUUUUACAAUCCACACUUCAUGAACUUUUGUUAAGAAAAGGUGAAAUUGGUCAAAAUAUUCCAAUGCAAAAUCAGAUGGAAAUAGGUGGUGCAUCAUCUAUGAAACAUAAGAUUUCAAGACUGUCAAUGUCAGCUCCGACACAAUCUAUGGGUCUUGAACAGAUUUGGGCUAACAGAGAACCAAGACAACAUCUGUUAAGUACCGGAAGCCUUGGUUUAGGAGAGGCUGGAUCAACAAGUAGUUUGAGUACUGGAGGUGCACUUAGCCCCAAUCCUCUUGGUCAUCUUGAUCCACUCAGUCAUGAUGAAGGUUAUGAGGAUAGUGAUGAUGAUAGUGACCACUAUGAUGAUUACAGUAGUGAUAAUGAAUCUGGAGGAAGUGAUAAUGAGGAUCAUAUAGCAGGUGGAAGAGUAUCAGGUGAAUCGCCUUCGAAAGAUAAGCAAAAAAAGGAAAAAUAUUUUUGGCAAUACAAUGUACAAGCAAAAGGACCAAAGGGUCAAAGAUUAGUUGCUCGAGCUCGCCUUGAAAAUCCACAUGUGCUAAACGAGGCAACAGAUCCAGUCUUCAGUCCACAAUGUGCAUUGCGAGGUAUUAAGCACAGUGGUAAAGCAAGAAAGGGUGAUGGUAAUGAUUUAACGCCAAAUCCACGCAAACUACAUAGUAUAGGCAAGGAGUUGGACAAGCUGUCGCGAAUUAUUAAUGAUAUGACACCAGUUUCUGAGCUGCCCUUUCCAGUGCGACCUAAGACACGUAAAGAAAAGAAUAAAUUGGCUUCACGAGCUUGCAGAUUAAAGAAAAAGGCACAACAUGAAGCAAAUAAAAUUAAACUUCAUGGUCUAGAACAAGAACACAAGAGACUUAUACAUGGUAUAGUACAAGCAAAACAAAUAUUAUCUGUUAAAUUGUCUGAAACUAAUCUUGAGGCUCAAGAAGAACUUACCCGGCAAAUGGAAAAAGUUUGUAAAAAUGCAACCAAAGUAAAGAUAGCCAAUCACUCAACAGAAUUUGUCAAUAAAGUGUUAGAUAAAGUGAAAUCUGGAGUACUUGAUGGAGGAAUAGAUGAUUUUUAGUAUAUACUCUUUAAAGAACUAAUAAUUUUAGUUAUUGUGUACAAAAUAUCAAUGGUUGGGGUAAAUACUGCUAAAUGUAAUAGAUCUACAAGUGUUUAAAACUACCAUGAUGAAAAAUCAUUAUUGUAACCGAUAAAAAUUAAGAAUAAUCGAUUACGUCUUCGUUUUAAAUAAUUAUAACAAUCAAUUAUCAAGAUAUACAAUAAAUUAGCUAUGGAGAAAUCUGUGCUUGAGAUUGGCAAAUAUGUAGAAAAUAAUUUAUAUUUUUCAUUUAAAAAUGCCUUUAUAAUACAAAAUUCAAUAAUAAUAUUUGCCCCUCAAGUUCAGAAUAGUGGUCUACCUCAAAAUGAAACGCUAUACCUGCAUAAAUUGUUUAAAUAUUUAAUAUUUUUAAAUUUAAUAUUCAUUUAUUAAAUUAACUAACUAGA